UUUAAAUCUUGGUGAGAACAGAGACCAAGUGGCUGUUGUUCAAUACAGCCGUGAUGCCACAGUCAAUUUCUACUUGAAUUCUUAUUCAUCCAAGAAUGAUGUGCUCAGUUCCAUUAGAACAAUGAGGCAUAAGUAUGGACGACCACUCAAUAUUGGCAAAGCACUGGCGUUUGUCAGAGACAAUGUCUUUUCCUCUUCAGUUGGAGGCAGAAGUGCAGAAUCAGUCCCUCAGUAUCUGUAUAUUUUUAGUGGUGGGCGAUCAGGGGAUGAUGUCAGAGAACCAGCACAGUCUCUCAAAGAAAAUGGAAUAAAGACUUUUAGUAUUGGAACUAAGAAUGCUGAUACCUUGGAAAUGCAAACCAUCUCUUUCACGCCAGCACAUUAUUUUCAUGUCACAAACUUUAACAAUCUGCAAAGCAUACAUCCAUCUGUGGAAGCCACAUUGAGGGGCACAGAGGAAACAACUGAAUUCCCAACUGUUAUUGACACUUCCACAAUUACAAAAUUCCAGCUUCAGAGUGCCGAUAUUGUUUUUCUACUGGAUGGAUCUGAUGAAAUGCAAGAGAGUGAAAGACUAAUUUUGGAUUUUGUCAGAGAAUUUGUCAAUCAAUUAGAAAUUGGUCCAAGCAAAGUACAAGUUGCUUUGAUUCAAUACAGCGCAGAGCCUACUGCUGAUUUUCGCCUGAACACCUACUCACUGAAAGAGAAUGUCAUGAGUCAUUUGAGUAAUGUCAAAUUGAAAGGUGGUUUCACCUUGAACACUGGUGUAGCCCUUGAUUAUGUGAAGAACAAUGUGUUGACUACGUCAUCUGGAAGCAGAGCCCAGCAGGGAGUCCCACAAAUACUGAUUAUCUUAAGAGGGAGAAAGUCAGAAGAUGAUGUCUUGGGUCCAGUGGACAGACUGAGAAAGGCUGGAAUUGCCCUUUUCAGUGUUGGGGUAAAUAAUACAGACACACUGGAGAUGGAGCAGUUAGCACACAGUUUGAGGGCAGAGUAUUUGAUCAAAGAGAAGUCUGACUUUCCUUUUGUGAAAGAACAGUUGCUCUCUGCCAUUGCAUCUCACAAAGACACAGUCAGCCCUGGUGUAGGUGAGUGAAAUCAAAUAACUAUAAAUCAAAUAUAUAUGUGUGCACGCAAACAAACUGCAUUUCACUUCAGUAGUAAUGACAUUUCUGUUAAAUCAUGUAAUUAUUUAACUGUGUGAUUGUGGGCUUUUCUAGGUUCAAGCUCCAGUAUGGCUAGAGAUAUUGUCUUUCUCAUUGAUGGAUCUGAUGAUGUCAGGAGUAAAUUCUCUGCCAUACGUGAAUUUGUUGCAAAAAUGGUUGACAGCUUUGACCUGGAUCAAGGAAAAGAUAA